CGGGAGCGCAGCAACAAAGCAUUUGGAGGAGCAGAAAAUACCUCAUGCCGAUGGUGGAUUAUAAGGAUGCAGGAGAUGAUGCAGAGGUAGACCAGCUUAAGCUGUUGGCUUUUCACAUUUAUAACAAGAGGCAUAAGUGAGAACGAUGAUGAUCCCUGUCACAUGUAGAAUAGUUCUGCAGGUGUCUUUUCUCCUCCUCUUAAUUGGACAAACACAUGGCAGAGUGACGGCGCCGGCACGUUUGAAAGCACCAGUGGACAAACCCUUUACACUGACCUGCACACUUUCGAAGGACCGUGGGGAAACUCUGAGGGAGGUCCGCUGGCUGGAUGACAAGAAUCAGACCCUGCUGAGCUACCAGCCAGGUAACAGAGACAGCCUGAGUGGACAGCAGCAUGUGGAGCUCGCCACCUCACCAAAGGACUCCUCAGCAAUCACCAUUCGCAGGGUGGGCUUCCGUGACGAAGGCUGCUACACUUGCGUCUUUGAGCUGAGUCCUUCAGGUUCAAAGCAAGGACAGACGUGUCUCACUGUUGACGCCGAAGUCACAUCUGAGAGAAACAAAACAGCAGUGAGUGGCAAGAAGGCAUCCCUGUCAUGCUCCUUUGGUUUGCCCGAAAAGGUGCAGCAGAUACUGUGGAAGCACACGCCUACUCAAGGCGAAUCAACUGAGGUGGCCUCUUUUGCAAAACGGAGCGACCCCAUGAUUGAGCCAGCUUAUCAGGGGAGAGUCUGGCUCUCUGCUUCUCUGUCAGACAGUCAGCUUACGAUUCAGCCUGUUGCCAUCCAGGAUGAGGGUUGCUACACCUGUUUCUACGAGACGCACACUGAGGGGACAAAGAGCUCUGUGGUCUGUCUCUCUACCUACGUUCUUCCGAAACCUCAGGUGAGCUACAAGACCACUUCUCCAGGCGUGAUCGAAGCCAACUGCACGUCUGUAUCUCGGCCUCCGGCAGAGAUUGUGUGGAAUGUGGAGACCGACAACCGCACCAUAGGCCCCCCUGUGAACGUGCAUCUCCAUCAGGAGGACGGGACCACUCUAGUCAUCAGCACGCUGACCGUCCGAUCAGGGCUGCUUAAAGAUGUGUCUGUCAAAUGCUUGGUGCAUCACAAAGGGCUCGAGUCACCCAUUGCUGUAUCCAUGAACACUAAGAUUGGCACAGCUCUCACCAUCCUGAUCUCGGUCACCACAGUCGCAGCUCUCCUGGUGAUGUCCUUGUGCUUCUGCCUUUGGAAGUGUUUUUUGCGUAAAGAAGACGAUUAAUCCGAGACGCAAGAGCUGAAAAGAGGAUCUUCUCAGGACCGUCCUAAAGAGAACUUUUUCCUGCCAUAUCCUCAUCUCUCGUCGUCGUCACCAUAUCUACUGCUAUAUGGUUGGAAAGGGAAGAUGCUCUCAAAUUCCUUAAGGGCUGUCCAGCACAAUCCUAUUCAUCAUCACCAACUGGGCGACACUCAGCUUUACUCUGACUCUUCCAUAGUCUCUUCUUUUUUUUACUAUUUUUGUUCAUCUAAGCUCUGUAAUUGAUUGAGUCGAUGGCUACACAUUCCAGAACAGCAGAGUCUCUGUGCGGCUGAGUUGAAUUAUUUUGCAGAACAUUACAUGCCCUCAGAAAACCUUUCUGUGGUCGUCUCUGUUUUUUUUUUUCAUGAACCUCAAAGAUGUGUCUUAAUGUUUGCUAUUUUUCAUACUCGCUAAAAUGCAAUAGAAACUCCAAAAAAAGCAAAACAUUUGAACUUGAAUGAAGUUUUAACAUUACAAAUAUUGCAAAUCUUGUCUUUGAAUUGUAAGAUUGACAGCUCAUUAUUUUGAGAACUGGGAAGGUUUAUAAAAAUGUAAGAAAUUAAAAUUCUUAUAGUAAACUGUAAACUGUCUUCCAAAAGUAUUCAUACCACCUUGAACAACAAAUUUUAAAGUGUUUUCUCACAAUUUCAUUUAAUAGAUCAAAUCAAAAAUAAUGGAUAAAUGUGAAGAGGAAGGUAAAUAAUACGUUGGACGAGCUCAGGUCGACCAAGAUUUGUCUCAAUCCCAAAAAACACGUAGAAAGCUUUGGUCAAAACCAAAAUGUUUUCCUAGAUGCAGUACACUACAUGUAACAGAAAAGUAUCGCUGCCCUUUCCCCACAGGGAAACAUGAAGGUGGCAAAAUCAUGUCGUGGAAAUGCUUUUCUGUAGCUGGGACAGGAAGGUUUGUUAGAGAUUAACUGGGGCAAAGAUUUACUGAGCUUGUCCUGCUUUUGGAAAAACUGGCAAAAGCUUCAGUGUUUGCAACAUGACAAAAUGAUAAAAAGUUCAAAGGUCAUGAAUACUUUUGUAAGGCACUGCAUUCCAAAUGUUUUUUCCAUAACUAUGAUUUUUUUUUUUUACAGCAUUUUUUUUCUUUUUUUAUAUUGUGCGUGUUUUUUGUUCAAUGUUAAAUUCUCCGGUCAGAUGGUUUGAAUCAAUUUCAAAAGCAUUUUAGUUGCCCCUGAAAGAAUGUGUGUCCUGCUGCUCACUGUGCAGUCGGACACUUUCUGUCUGAAAGACCUAAAAAACACGACUUGAGCACUUCAGGUUAAAUAACUCAAAGGAUCUCUGUCCUUUAUAAAACCCCUCUCACUUUGGACCAAACACACAGAAACAUCAAAGCAUAAAAGAAAAUGCAUUGAUGCUUCUAGUUGAUCUUCUGAGGGUUUUUCUUUUUUUCAGUUUUAACUGGUUUUUAUUAUCAAAGCUAUUAUAGUUACUGAAGCGAAUGAUUUGCAUUUUUUCUUGUUUAUUGAUGGUGUAAGACAUGGAAGUCGUCAGAAUUAUGUUAGGAAUAUCAUUCCUGUCUGCUGAAGGCUUUCAAUCACACAAAAAUACUGUAUUUCAAUGAAGACACAUAAUAAAAACCAUCACAUGUAAUAUAACUGUAAAAGAAUAAAUAAAUGACUGAAACAGUAA